UAGGGGUAGCGGCGGCAGCUGCGGCCUGAGAGCGCGGCUGCUUUGAGGCCGAGGGAGCUGUGCCGAGAGGGGACGAGGGCAGGCAAGAGGGUGGGAAAGCCGGCGGGAGAGGAGGGCGGCGCCGGAGGAGGGCGGCGCGUGGCUGACUCAUCCCUCUGGAAGACCAGACUGACAGACACCAGCCCUCGCCGAACCCGCCCGCCCGCGCCGUUCCUCCUCAGCCAGCAGGCGCCCGCCCGCACCGCCCGCCCUCUCCGGGAGCUCUCCGGGCCCGGCCGCCUCACAGAAAGUUUUCGUCGGCGGAGCGGCCGCGGGCCUUUUGGAAGGGAAGGGGACGGAAGAGGAGGCGACGGCCGCGCGGGCCCGGGGAGUGCAUGGUGCCCGGCGCCUCGGCUGCCUGUCAGGAGGACAUCGGGGCGGGGUCGGGCUGAGCCCAGCUCCUGCUGCUUCCCCCGGCCUCGCCGGCCAUCGCCUUCCCGGACGGCCGCGGGGGUCCCCGCUCCUCAGCCCGCCAUGUCCCGGCUGCUGCCGCUGCUGAGGAGCCGGACCGCGCGCAGCCUGAGGCCGGGCCCGGCAGCCGCGCCCCGCCCGCCGUCCUGGUGCCGCCGCGGGCGGGGGCUGCUGGCGCUCGCGGCGCCCGGCGGCCCCCGGGGGCUGGGCACGCACCCCAAGAAGGAGCCCAUGGAGGCGCUGAACACGGCUCAGGGCGCGCGCGACUUCAUCUACAGCCUGCACUCCACCGAGAGGAGCUGCCUGCUCAAGGAGCUGCACCGCUUCGAGUCCAUCGCCAUCGCCCAAGCAUGCAGAUAUCCCAAACCUGAGAUUGCCUUUGUGAAACGAGCAACGGAGGUGUCGUCAGCAGAGACCCCUGAUAGUUUUGGUAUUUCAAGAUGUUCCAGUCAACUGACAAGGACUUCUCCUCACAGUGUGAGAACUGUAGUGAUGAUGAGAGUAAUGCAACUAGCAAAUAGUUCUGAAAAAUUGGAAGCUCCACCACCCACCCCAGGACAGCUGAGAUAUGUAUUCAUCCACAAUGCGAUACCUUUCAUAGGGUUUGGCUUUUUGGAUAAUGCAAUUAUGAUUGUUGCAGGAACCCAUAUUGAAAUGUCUAUUGGAAUUAUUUUGGGAAUUUCAACUAUGGCAGCUGCUGCUUUGGGAAAUCUUGUGUCAGAUUUAGCUGGACUUGGACUUGCAGGCUACGUUGAAGCUUUGGCUUCCAGGUUAGGCCUGUCAAUUCCUGAUCUCACACCCAAACAAGUUGACAUGUGGCAGACACGUCUUAGUACACAUUUGGGCAAGGCUGUUGGGGUGACUAUUGGCUGCAUUCUAGGGAUGUUUCCUUUGCUUUUCAUUGGAGGAGGUGAAGAAGAUGAAAAACUGGAAACGAACAAUUCAGCCUCUUAGAAAACCUAUAAAAGAUGUAAACUAAUGUACCUCAAUUAUUAAGUAUGCUGUCACAGCAUUUAGGAAUUAAGACAGUUAACAGUGUAUAGAUAUGGGAUCAAAUAAUUCAGCAUGUAUUAUGGAAAACACUAACUUAUUGUGGCUUGGUUUUCUUAGGACAUCUUUUUAAAAACCCUGUUUAGUAUCUUUGUGUAAAUUGUUGAAAUGCUUUUUCAUCAACGGCAGUCAACAUUUUACCUUUUCUUUCCCUUUCUUUCCAUAUCAAAAUAUCAUUUAAGUAUCAGUCAUUGAUGUCCUGUACUGACUUGGGGUUUGCUUAUGUGUUACUUAACGUGUGUGCGUGCAUGAAAGCAUUUUCUGUUGUUGUUGUUAUCGUUGUUGUUCCCUGUGGUUACAGCUCAACCUUAAGAUUUUUUUCCAAAUUAAGAUGUUUAAUAUCAGUUAAAGAUUUUCUUGACUCUUUUUUUUUUUUGGCAACAUCAAUUUUGUACUGUUUCACAGUAAACAUUUACAAUCAUAUAAUUUCAGUCAUUUUUUUGAAACUCUCACAUCUAUUCAAAAUGGAUGCAGACGUUAAGUAUUUAUUACUCAUUUUAAUUUUCUGACCUUAGUGUCUCAAGAGCCAAAGGUUAAUAAGAGUGAGCAGUUAUGGAGUCUCCCUACUACAUAAAACCGUGUAUGUUAAUAAGUGUAUUAUUUUGAGUUGAUGUUUUUACUUUUAAUUUGUCGAUUUUAAAUUACAUGAUGGUUUCUGACUGCUGAGGGGAAAAAUGAUUAUUUUAGGAUAUUUUUAAUGGGGAUUGUGGAAUUAGGGGGGAACUAAGGGAUUUGACAUGAUUCUUGGAAAUUAAGAGGCUAAAAAAUUUUUUUACAAGAAGUAGAAAAUGGGAAUUGUCAAGAAAGUUUGUGGUGUAAGUGGUGACAUUGAAAUGAUGUUUGCGAAGUUAAUGAGAUACAAAUUAUACUGUUUGGGAAAGAUUUUUUCCCCCAAAAUGUCAUCUUCUCAUCUGAAUUGAAUGACUCUGAGUACUCCAUUAUAAUCCUGACAUCAUUGUAUCUUGUUUACUGAAUUUUGUUUCUGGAUAACUAGUAAGUUUGAGGUUUAACUAAAUAUUUUAUGUUUUGCUUUUUGCUGUGUAUAGACUAGUAGUCAAAUGUUACAUGAGAAGAAAUCCUCUCUCCCUGUUUUGGUCUUUUUUCUUCUUUUGGUAUUUAAAGCAUAUUCUAGAUUGAAGUUACUUAUUUCCAGUCUUGUAUAUGGCACAUAACAACAACAAAUAUCUGACUUAAACAUAACUGUGUAUGCAUUAUAAAUUUUCAUUUUAUGAACCCUUAAAAUUUGUUAGUAUGUGGUCUAUUAAAACAUGCUAAAAAAUUACUCUUACUUGUAAGAGUAAUUAAACACAUCGUGGAGGAGAAAAACUGAAAUUAAAAGUACCAUUUGGGCCACUGAAAUUAUGAAUGUUGGUAAAUAGAUGCAAAAGAAAGGAAGCUUAUAAGAUGGCUGUAUUUACAGCUACCUUAUUUUACAGUUUUAUUUGCACAUAUUUACUUUGAGCUCUUAUUUUCAGAGGAGCUGUUUUUCCCCACAAGGCAAUUUAUUAUAAAUUCUCUUCUGUGCCCUUCAAAAUAAUUUAGUGCUGUACUUUAAUCAUAGAUUUUUGAUGGGAAAAACAAGAAAAUAAGUCAUAUAACAUUAAAAUAAAUAUGUAAUGUUGUUAUAUACAAAUAAUGUGACAAUCUCAUUUGAUCAAAUUAGAUUUAUAGAACUUGACAUCUUAAACAGAAUUGUGGUUUGUAUCUUCCACAUAAUACCACAUACAAACCAAAAAAAAUUUUAUUAUCAUUUCAGAUGAUAGGAUUAGAGUACUUAUUUUUUUAGAUUUUAUUUUUCCUCUUUCUCCCCAAAGCCCCCCGGUACAUAGUUGUAUAUUUUUAGUUGUGGAUUCUUCUAGUUGUGGUAUGUGGGAUGCCACCUCGGCGUGGUUUGAUGAGCGUUGCCAUGUCGGUGCCCAGGAUCUGAACCGGCGAAACCCUGGGCCACCAAAGCAGACCAUGCGAACUUAGCCACCUGGCCACGGGGCUGGCCCCUAGAGUACUUAUUUUUAAAAACUUUUUGUUUGUAAAUGUCCAAGUGCUUUUGUCCCUACCUGGUAUAUUGCCAGUCCUUUCUGUUUUCUAAAAAAGUAUUUUAUUGAGGUGCUUAAAUUUUCUUCUUAUUAAUCAAAUCCCACAUCCACAAACCUUGCCUGUGAGUUUAGAAAGGGCUUUUGAUUAUUGCUUUCUUUGUUUUGCUCUUGAAAAUAACCCAGCCCUCCAGAAUCGUUCAGUUUAACUGAACAUCUGCAGAAUUACUUAAGGUGUCAAAACAUGGAAUAUAUACCCUUUGUAUUGAAAGAUAUUUUAACUUAUGCACACAGUAAAAAUUUGCUUCAUUAAUUUUCAAAAAAUUGAGCCCUUUUGUCUUUAACCUAAGGUACACGUAUUUUCAAGAUCUUAUUCUAAACUAGUAUGGUGCUUUGCACAAAGUGAUUUCUGAAAAAUUGUUCCCUUUAAGAUAAUGACUUCAUAUAUCAUUGUUUCAUGUUACUUGUCACAAAGAACCUUAUUUCAGAUUGAAACUGGAAUUCUUAUUUCUCAUAUUAGUCAUCUUUGUUGGGGGCACUAUAUAUAUGAUUAAAUGCAACAUGAGCUACUUUAGUACUGUUCGUUUGCAAUUCAUGUUGUCCAUGUAUUAUGAUUUAUUGACUUGUUGAUGCAUGUAAAUUGGGUAUAUUUUGUUGCCACUGUAUGUUAAAUAGUGACCAAUGUUUUUACAAAGGAAUUGAACAAAAAAAAAAUCUUUUAAGAAAUUUGGAAUGUGGUUUUGAUUUUGAAAUUUGAUUUUCUUCCUAAUCGCAGAAGCCCCUGGUUAUCCUGUCGCUAAAGGAAAUAGAAUUAAUAAAUGCAGGUUUGUUA